UCUCUCCCAAAAACUAAAAACCAUUCAUCAGAGUGAGAGCAGCGAAGCCAUGUCAACCCUGAAGGAGAUUCUUACCCGACGACCCGUGCUGACGACGAUCCGGGUCACAGCCCCGGCGGGAGCGGCACCCCAACCGCUGAGCAAGGGUUUGGGUCAAUACAGGAUGAACAUGAUGGCCUUCUGCAAGGACUUCAACGCCCAGACCCAAAAGUUCAAACCCGGCAUACCCAUGGCGGUGACACUGACGGUCUUCAAGGACAACACCUACGAGUUCACGGUAAAGUCACCGUCUGUCAGCUGGUACCUGAAAAAUGCCACCGAUGUCGACUCCGGCAGCAGCCGACCCAAACACGUGGUCGCUUCUGAGCUGUCUGUGAGGCACUUGUAUGAGAUCGCCAAAGUGAAGCAAUCUGACCCGUAUUGCCAGUACAUGCCCUUGGAGUCCAUUUGUAAGUCCAUUAUUGGUACGGCUAAUUCUAUGGGGAUUAAGAUUGUUAAGGACUUGGAUUGAUUUGGGGGGAAAGGUCACAUUUUGAAACCAUCAUCGUUGUUUUGAGAAGAAGAUUGGAUUUUUGUUUGGUUUGAGAGGUUUUGCUUGUGACUUGUUAGUUUUAUAGUGAUUUUGUCAGUGUUGUUCAUGAGCUUAGUGUAAUUGGGUAGCUUUCUUGUUUACGAAUUUUGCAGUAGCUUUUCAAUUUUAAUGAGAAAUUGAGGAUGGCUUGCACUUCAUCAAACUAGCCUUGUUCUGUUUA